GGCGCAGUGAUCGCGGCGGCGGCAGCACCCGCGGCGGCGGCAGCACCCGCAGCAUCCGCACCGCAGAGCCGAGCCUGGAGCCCGCCACCCGGCAGGAUGGCUGUAGCUCCUCCAAGUUACUGUUUUGUGGCCUUCCCGCCGCGUGCUAAGGACGGUCUGGUGGUAUUUGGGAAAAAUUCAGCCCGGCCCAGAGAUGAAGUGCAAGAGGUUGUAUACUUCUCCGCUGCUGACCAUGAACCUGAGAGCAAGGUUGAGUGCACUUACAUUUCAAUCGACCAAGUUCCGAGGACCCAUGCCAUCGUGAUAAGCAGACCCGCCUGGCUUUGGGGGGCAGAGAUGGGAGCCAAUGAACACGGAGUGUGCAUAGCCAAUGAAGCCAUCCACACCAGAGAAACCGCUGCUGAGACUGAAGCCUUACUGGGGAUGGAUCUGGUCAGGCUUGGUUUAGAAAGAGGGACAACAGCUAAAGAAGCCUUAGAUGUUAUUGUCUCCUUGUUGGAAGAACAUGGACAAGGUGGAAAUUAUUAUGAAGAUGCAAACUCCUGCCAUAGUUUCCAAAGUGCAUAUCUGAUUGUGGAUCGUGAGGAAGCCUGGGUGCUUGAGACCAUAGGGAAGUACUGGGCGGCUGAGAAAAUCACAGAGGGAGUGAGGUGUGUUUGCACUCAGCUUUCGCUCGCCACUAAGAUUGACGUGGAGCAUCCUGAACUCAGGAACUAUGCUCAGAGUCAAGGCUGGUGGACAGGAGAGGACGAGUUCAAUUUUUCCGAAGUGUUUUCUCCAGCUGAUGACCAUCUAGAUUGCUGUGCAGGGAAAGACAGCUUAGAAAAACAAGAAGAAAGCAUCACUGUGCAAACUAUGAUUGACAUCUUACGGGACAAAGCCAGUGGAGUCUGUAUAGACUCAGAAUCUUUCCUCACCACAGCCAGCACCGUGUCUGUCCUGCCUCAGAAUAGAAGCUUGCCCUGCAUUAACUACUUCACUGGGACCCCAGAUCCAUCCAGGUCCAUAUUCAAGCCUUUCAUCUUUGUUGAUGAUGUAAAACUUGUCCCCAAAACACAGUCUCCCAGUUUUGGGGACGAUGACCCUGCCAAAAAGGAGCCUCGAUUCCAGGAGAAGCCAGAUCGCCGGCACGAGCUGUACAAGGCCCACGAGUGGGCCCGUGCUGUCAUUGAAAGUGACCAGGAGCAAGGUCGAAAGCUGAGGAAGACCAUGCUGGAACUAGAGAAACAAGGCCUGGAAGCCAUGGAAGAAAUCCUGACCAGCUCUGACCCUCUGGACCCCGCCGAAGUAGGGGACCUUUUCUAUGACUGUGUUGACACGGAGAUUAAGUUCUUUAAGUGAAGUAAGCAUUCUCUUUCCUCUUCUUAUUUAAAACUUCCCACCUUACUAAAUUACCAGCAAGACAAACCACUCUCCUGUUUGAGUAAAAUGAGAAAGUUAAGAUGUGGUCUCUUUUUCUGAAGCCAAAUCGAACUGUGAAGUUGUGUUCUGCCUUGAAUCUCAAAACACCCCCUUCUUCUGCAAUGUCUGUCCCCUUCCUCUGCAAUGGAACAUGUACCCCAUUAGCCUGUUGUUUGGUUGUGUGACUAAUUGUGGAUUUUAAGCUGCUAUUAUUGUAUUCCAGUGACAAUGGACACAUUAGCCUUUUCACAAGAGGACUGGAGGUCAUCAAGCCUUGAAAGACAGUCCCCACAGUGUUGAGUUUGCAGGAAAAGCAAAAUGUUUUAAAGUCUUACUUUUUCUCUCAGUCACAACUUUUUUUCUAGGUUAGCAAAAGGCAUUUCUUUGCUGGUCCAGAGUUCUUGUGUGCAUGGUUCAGGGAGAACCUCACUGGCUUCCCUUCACCUGAGUGCAUGCCUGAAGUGCAUAAUGUCUCCAUAUGGGUCCUCUGAGGGACAGAACUAAGAGAAAAGGACAAAAGGGGCUCCUCUCCAUUCCCAGCUAGAUCCCAGUUUCCAUGAUCCUGAAGAACCUGUCUUCCAUGCCCUGUGCUUUUGUGUGCUAGACCUACAGAGCUACUUAGGGUGGGCAGAGAACUGGGCUUCCGUGCUAGCUGGAACCUACUACCCAUUUUAGUGAUGCAGAGGCAGCCGUGCUGGUGACUUCCCCGAGUCACCACAUGGAUCUCUCAAAGGUACGGCUGCGCUCCUGCUACAGCACACACCUGCCACAUGGACUGGGCCUUGUGCAGAAACAAUUCCAGGCCGAAUUACGAAACUUCUAGUCUAGGAUUAAUUAAAUCGCCCUGGGGGAUAGUUUCACCCCGCAAAGCAACAAAUUUCUUAGCUAAUGAGGGAGAGAAAAGGAGAAACUCUUGACUGUCUAGUUUGCUGUUAAAGUAGCUGGAAGCCGGGGAGUCGCUACAUUAUCUCGGCAGAGAGACUUUAAUUAAACGAUUUGUUUCCAGCGUAGUGGUCACGUAAAGGAUUUGGCUUCCAUCAGAGCAUAGAAGUGUGUGAGGAAGACCAAAUGGGCUCAGCAGUGGGAAGACAGAGGGCAAGAAGGCAACAGGUGGAUGUAGAAGCACUUCGCUGCAGGAUAACAGUCCAACACUUGCCUUC